AGUCAAGCACAACCUCUGCGUCGAACGGCAAAGAUUGACGUGGAGAGGACGCGUCAAAUUAAUUCCAGCAAAGUCCCGACUCCCCGGGAUAACUUCAAUUUGCUUUUAUCGGAUGAAGAUCACUUUUCGCGGCCACCUUUAUUGCGCGCGCUGAAAAGAAGAAGAUCGCGCGCCGCAGCUGCAGGGAGGCAUUGAAGUGGAUUAUUAUUUUUGCUUUUAUUAUUGUUGUUGUUGUUGUUGUUGUUGUUGUUCCACUUCAUUCACUCCGGCGCCAUCUGAAGAGGGCUCGUGUAUUCGCAAACAUUACGGGACGCGAAGAGGCAAAUGGAGCAAACCUACGGAGAGGUCAACCAACUGGGCGGCGUGUUCGUCAACGGAAGACCCCUGCCCAACGCCAUUCGGCUGAGAAUAGUGGAGCUGGCCCAGCUGGGGAUCAGACCCUGCGACAUCAGCCGGCAGCUGCGCGUCUCGCACGGCUGCGUCAGCAAGAUCCUGGCGCGGUACAACGAGACCGGCUCCAUUUUACCGGGCGCCAUCGGCGGGAGCAAGCCUCGCGUCACGACGCCCAACGUGGUGAAAAACAUCAGGGAAUACAAACAGAACGACCCCGGGAUCUUUGCGUGGGAGAUCCGAGACAGACUCUUAGCGGACGGGGUCUGCGAUAAGUACAACGUGCCCUCGGUGAGCUCCAUCAGCAGGAUUUUACGCAACAAGAUCGGGAAUCUGUCCCAGCCCAACCAGUACGAGGGCGGCAAGCAAGCCCCCGCGCAGGCCGGCCUCCCUUACAACCACAUUUACCCUUACUCCUACUCCAACGCCAUGUCCCCCGCCGCCGCCAAAAUGGGCUCGGCUCCCGGGGUUCCGGUGACGGCGGCACAUGUCAGCAUCGCCAGGGCCUGGCCCUCCGCGCACACCGUCAGCAACAUCCUCGGGAUUCGAGCCUUCAUGGACCCCGCAGCCAUUGCUGGGACAGAGGGAUAUCCGACCAAAAUGGAGGACUGGAGCAGCGUCAAUAGAGCAGCUUUCCCCGCAGCUCACUCGGUCAACGGCAUCGACAAAUCAGCCAUUGAUGCUGACAUCAAAUACGCACAGCCCUCCUCCACACUGUCCAGCUAUGUCUCGGCGUGUGCGUACUCCCCGACAAACCAGUACGGCGUGUACAGCGGCCCAGCGGGCGGCUACGUGGCCCCGGGUCACCACCACUGGCAGCCGCAGAGCCCGGCCCUGUCUCACCCGGGGAGCGGGAUGAGCAUGCACGCGGGGGAGAUCCACUCUCCCAUGGCCUUCAAGCACCACUCCCGAGAAGGAGAAAGAAAACCUCCCAGUCCGCUGAGCAAGCAGCAGCAGCAUGAAGACUUGAACUGUGUGCAUGGACUCAGUCUCCCUACCUCGUCAUCAUAACCGGGACUUUUAGCUGCAGCUUCCUAAUCAGACUUAACUGAACUCAUUUCAACUCCAGUAAGGGUGAAGCCAAUCAAACACGGGCCUCUCUUCACGUUGUGGAUGCAGUCAAGCCUAAACAGGCGUUCAGGCCUUAUGAAUGUAAACUUGCAUGGAUGCAGCGGUGCUCCCCAAAAUACAAAUAUUUUGUCAUUAAAAAAAAUAUAUAAGUUCUGCAUGUCCAAUUUGUCAUUGAGGGGCGGGGGGUGGAAGCUGUUAAAUGUGUCUUCAUUUGUGCCCUCAACUCCAUCCAGCAGUAAUGAAAAAUGUCUAAAUGUUGAAUAUUUGCCAAAGCUUUAAUUACAUAUAUAUUUUUAUAAUUUCAUUUAAUAUUAAAAACUAUCAAAACAA